GAGCAUCGUCUCAAUUCAGACCUGGUUCAUUCUAAUCAGGAUAAGGUUUCAUUUCACCUUAUUUAUUCUCUCUCUUCCCUUUUUAUAUAUAAUAUAAAUAUAUUUUUUUAUUAUCCUUAUAGAUAUAAAUUAUUCAAUCCUCCACAAAAAGGUAUUUCUUUCUUUCUUUCUCUCCUGAGCAAAAGAAUAUCACAACAAUGGCGUAAAUAUCGCCUCCCCCAUGUGCUCUUCAAUCCUCUCUAUAUCUCUAUCUGAUUUUCUUUUCCCUAAUUUCUAUCUCUCUCACACACACACACUCAACAGACUCUUCCUUCUGAUUCAGUGUUCCAACUUUGAAUCAUGUCGCUUGCUCUGCAGAGCAAUAGAGGAGACACGAUCCGACGGUCGAGAUUCAUCCACGGUAUGCCCUGUCUCUCGAUCUACGACUCAUCGGACCCCAAAAACUUCUCCGGGGAUCGGCGAUUAGAGCCGGAUAUGGAAUCUUGUAGCUCAUCUUCUCUUGGGAGGAAUUCCGACGUGUCUGAUGAGUCUUCCAACGGCGAAGAUUCAGCCGAUGAUGAGGCUCAGAGCUCGUUUAAAGGACCCUUAGACACCAUGGAGGGGCUUGAGGAAGUUCUUCCCAUCAAGAGAGGCAUAUCCAAGUUCUACAACGGCAAAUCCAAGUCCUUCACAAGCUUAUCAGAUGCUACAUCUGUCUCAUCUAUUAAAGAGUUUGCAAAGCCAGAAAAUCCCUACACCAGGAAGCGCAAGAAUUUAAUAGCUCGCUCUAGCCUCUUAGACAAAAACAGGACCUACUCAUUGAAGGACCUUCGAAGUGGAACUUCAAAGAGAACAACCAGCUCAAGUCGAAGCUCGUUCCUACAUGGUGAAGCUUUGAAUAGCUCAGGCAACAACAUUAGUAACGAGGACUCGAGCUCAAUUUCAACUUCGCCAUCUUGCAGUCGUCCACCAUUGCAUCCACCUCUGCAUCCACAUGUUAAGCGAUCACCAACAAAUGAAUCAUCAUCACCUCCCCAAAGAAAAUCUUCAUGGCGCUCUUUCUCUUUGUCGGAUCUGCAGUCUGUUGCUGCCGCUGCUGCUGCUUCCACAGCUAACUUAAGAGGCUUGGCUAUCUCUAGUGGAGGCAAUGACGAAUAAUUACAUUAAAGGGUCGAGACUCAUCUGAAAUUUCAGUUUUUGGCAUGCUUGGAGAUUGUCUUUUGUGUUGAAGAUCUUCAUUAUUACGCUCUAACUCAUCAGAGUCUACUUAGUUAUGUACUUUUUUAUGAUUUAAUAUUUAUUACUCACUUCAGAGGUUAUGUAUUAAUGCUCAUACUUCUACAGAUAUAACUACAAGUACUAAAUGUUACUUUCUUUGCUCUUUGUAUAUAUAUAUAUUUCUCGGAUUAUUAGGCA